GUCAUAACAUUCUACCUUCUCCAGCAUAACCAGAAGAUUUCAAAUUCUUUUAUAUAGACUGCCUUAACCGCAUGGUUAUACAGCCACAAUAUGCAGAUUUUUGUUAAAACUUUGACUGGUAAGACCAUCACCUUGGAGGUUGAGGCCUCUGACACUAUUGAAAAUGUCAAGGCUAAAAUCCAGGAUAAAGAAGGAAUCCCUCCAGAUCAGCAAAGAUUGAUCUUUGCCGGUAAACAAUUGGAAGAUGGUCGUACCCUUCAAGAUUACAAUAUCCAGAAAGAAUCAACCCUUCAUUUGGUUCUCCGUCUGAGAGGUGGUGUCAUCGAACCAACCCUUAGACUGUUGGCACAGAAAUACAACUGUGAAAAAAUGAUCUGCAGAAAGUGCUAUGCAAGGCUCCACCCAAGAGCAACUAACUGUCGCAAGAAGAAGUGUGGACAUACAUCUAACUUGCGCCCCAAGAAGAAGUUGAAGUAGACGAUUAUAAUCUGCAUAGGCAUUAUUCUAAUCAUUGUUUAGAACAAGAUAUGAUUGAAAUAAAAUGCUUAUUUUUUCAAACAAAAUAA